ACUCUGCACCCUUGAUCCUCUGGAUCUUCCCUCCGCCCUUUUUCCCCAUAUGCGGGGAUUAUCAGCGCAAUGACUAUCAACUAUGGACAGGGCACACCGUCGGCCCCCAGCAGAGGGUACCAAUUGUAUAUAACUGCCUUGGUCAUGGUCUUAGUUGCUGCUCUGUUUGUCUUUGCGCGCAUUUUCUCGAGAAUCGCCACAAAGCGGGUUGGGCUAGAUGACUAUCUGGUCAUUGCUGCGCUGGUAAGGGGGACUGCCCGUCGACCAGCUUGUUGCGCCUGCGUGGCGCAAUUUUUUUUUCUUAACCGCUACCUAACCUUAAGCUUUGUGUCAGGUAUCUUCGGUAUUCUUGACAGCGAGCAUCAACCUAGGCAGGUUUUCCAUCUCUCGGUCCACCGUCAGCCUGUCAUGUUAACAUGCAGUAAUAGCCGUCGUUCACGGAUAUGGAACCAGAUCUAGUGACUUGACGCCGGCGGAUAAGAAGCUUGCUCUGAAGGUUCGCUAGCAACUGCCAUGAUAUAUCUACCUGUUUUUGGUCCCUUCACAGAUCUAAGCUAAGAUGUAAACUAUGAACAGUGGUUUUUUAUAGCCCAGCCUCUCUACAAGUUAGUCCUCGGAUUCACAAAAGCCGCAAUCGUAUGUCUUUACAUUCGAAUUUUCGUCUCAAAGCUAUUCCAGCGUGUAUGCCGCGGCGUGCUGCUUGCGGUGACGAUUUGGGCCGUGGCUGCUCUCUUGGCGACCAUUUUCCAAUGCCUUCCGAUUGAAGCAUCCUGGGACAAGUCAAUCGCCCACAAAUGUAUAAACAAGAAUGCGUUUUGGUAUGGCUUUGCGGUGACAAAUACAUCCCUCGAUUUCAUACUAUUGU